AUGCUCCACCUUCCUCUCACCAUCCUCCCAGCCCUCCUCUUCGGCGUAACGGGGGCUCUAGCAGCCAACACCAACAUCCAACCCACAACAAACAUGGCCGCCGCCGGCGGCAUCACCCACCACAUCCUCCUCCCCGACACAUCCACAUCCAUAUCCACAACCACACGCUCCACCGCCCAACCCUCCCCCACCCCCGACACGAACACCAACACCAACCUAGCACAAACCACCAACCCCAACACCGGCCCCGGCGUCUUCAACAGCGCCAUCCAGCACAGCAGAAGCCACCGCCGCCGCUGCCGCCGGCCCCCCCUAACAUGCGACUGCAGCAAGAAUGCGACCGAGCUCGCCGCGCUGAAUGCCCUGCGCGCCGAGCACAAGUGUGGCAACUGGCGGGUUUGGGAUAGGGAGUAA